AUGUCCCAGACAGACACACUGAAGGUACGCCUGACCCUCUUCUGCAUCCUGGUGGGCAUUGUGCUGGCCCUGGUGGCCGUGGUCACCGACCACUGGGCUGAGCUGAGCCCCCAGAAUGGGCACCACAAUGCCACCUGCCAGGCCACCCACUUUGGCCUCUGGAGGAUUUGCACCAAGUCCCUUGCUGUGAGCCACCGUGAGCCCAGGAGCUGUGGACCCACCGCCUGGACUGGGGAGAAAAACUGCUCCUACUUCAGGCACUUUAACCCGGGUGAGAGCUCCGAGAUCUUCCAAGUCACCACUCAGAAAGAUUACAGCAUCUCUGCUGCGGCCAUCAGCAUCUGCGGCUUGGGCUUCAUCAUCAUGGGCACCAUUUGUGUGUCCCUAUCCUUCGGGAGGAGCCGGGACUAUCUGCUCAGGCCUGCAUCCAUGUUCUACACCUUUGCAGGUCUCUGCAUCUUCGUCUCGGUGGAAGUGAUGCGGCAGUCUGUGAAGCGCACAGCCAGCAGUGUAGACGCGGCGGGGAUUGCCAUCGAGUACAGCUACUCCUGGUCCUUCACCUGCGCCUGUGUUGCCCUCGUCCUCCUGGUCCUGGGGGGCCUAGUGCUGCUGCUCGCCUCCCUGCCACGCAUACCCCGGAACCCCUGGGAAUCCUGCAUGGACGCGGAGCCCGAGCACUAG